AUGUUGCGCUUAACCGUUCGUUUAAUUCUUUGGCUGCAGCUAAUCCAAGUGAGUUGGGUCUCCGUCUAUGGAUGCGAACCGUUUGGUCCACGUCCUAGGCGUGGAUUGGAAACUGUGAAGCAGUGGCGUCGCUUAGAGUUUGGCUUUGCAAAUGCGCAGGAUCGUUUGAAAGCUGAAGCUGCGGGCAAUUUGCAGCCGGAGGUUAGUACACCUGUGGAUGUGGAUGUUCACUAUAAGGUCAAUGGUCAAAGGCGCAUAUUUGUCACCAUACCACGUUUUGGCAAAGGCGUACCUUACACGCUAGCCUUGGUCACAGAUCAACAAACAAGAAAUGGACCCGUCUUAAUGCCAUAUCCCAACUUUGCCUGGCAUAACAAUAACAAUAAUUGCGAUAGUAUCACUUCAGUUUACAAUGUAGCGAUAUCUGAGUGCAAUGAGCUUUGGGUUAUGGACUCGGGCAUUAUUGAUGGUCAACAGAUUUGUCCACCACAGCUGCUCAAAUUUGAUUUGAGCAACGAUCGGUUGUUGCAUCGCUUCCGUCUGCCAAAUAAUACUUAUAUACCACAUGCCUCGCUGCUCAUUGCACCUAAUUUAUUGGUGCAGGACCCGCCACCAUGUGGAAAAUGCAAGCACACAAUGAUCUAUAUCCCAGAUUGUAGAUUUCAUGGCUUGGUUAUGUACGAUCAUCAAAUCAAUGCUGCCUGGCGGGCCGAGCACCGUUUUAUGUAUCCCGAUCCGGAUUAUGGUCGUUACACCAUUGCAGGCGAAAGCUUUACCCUGAUGAACGGCAUUUUUGCUGCAAGCAAUGACAAGCGUAAUCUUUAUUUCCAUCCAAAGGCCAGUGUAAGCGAAUACGCCGUGCCCUUGAGCGUGCUAAAUCGUCGUGAGAACUGGGCUAAUAGCGUUGAUGCCAUGGAAGAUCAAUUCAAGCUGCUAGGCAAGCGAAAUAGUCAAUGUGCCGCCUCUGCAAUGGACAGUCACAACAAUCUGUAUUGCGUCAACUUUAACCCCAUCCAGCUGUUUGCGUGGAACACCAAAACGCCGUAUACAAAACGUUACUUUAUAAAUCUGCCUGGAAAUGCCAGUGAGUUGGAGUUCGUUAGCGGCAUAAAGGUGGUAAGGAAUCCAAUGGGCCAAGAGGAGCUAUGGUUAUGCUCCAUUCGUUUUCAGAAAUUUUUCAAGAGGAUAAUGGAUUUCAAUGAGAUAAAUAGAAAUGUUCACUGCACCGAAAACUUCAGUCACACUAAAGAUGUUGCGCUCAAACAUUCGCUUAAUCCUAUUGCUGCAGCUGCUCCAAGUCAGUUGGAUCUUCGUCUGUGGACACAGAUCGCCUGGUCCACGACCUGGUCAUCAGUUGGAGGUAGUCAAGGAGUGGCGUCGCUUAGAGUUUGGCUUUGCAAAUGCGCAGGAUCGUCUGCAAGCUGAAGCUGAUGGUAAUUUGGAUCCGGAAAAGGCUACACCCGUAGAUGUGCAAGUUCAUUAUAAGGCCAGAGGGCAAAGACGCAUAUUUGUGACCGUU